CUGGUUCUCAUAACUGAAAUUCUAAUGAGCAAGAACAGGAAGGCAUGGAAAGUAAGACGCUGGGACAGGUUGAGCCGUCUUCCAGAACCUAUUAUUCAUCACAUCCUUUCGUUCCUCGACUCCAAAUCCUCCGUUCAAACCUCCGUGCUCUCCCGAUUUUGGAGAUGCGUCUGGAAACACGUCCCUGCUCUGGAGUUCAAUCAGUAUUACUUCCAAGAUUACUCGAGCUUCCGAAGGUAUGUAGGCAAGGUUUUGUCCCGCCGUUAUCCCCUGAAUCUCCGCAAGGUCAGCUUUCUAGACCGCCAGCUUAGGUCGGAGGGAAGAGACGAUUCUCUGGUGAUUAGGGUUAUCCGACAUGCCUUGUACCAUGAUGCACAACGUUUGCUGAUUGUGACUGUAAAUGACAUGACGACCCCUGACACUUACAGAUUCUCCGAUCUGUUUGGCUCGAUCUCGAGUUGCAAUCUGAAAACCCUAGAAUUGGAAGGUUUCGACCUCGAUAGAGGGUUUGGGUCGCCCGGUUUUCGUGCCCUGACGACUCUAGAUUUGCUGACUUGUCUGGUCGCUUGUGAUCAGGAGGUACUUGAACCAUUUUCUAACUUUCCUUGUCUCAAGCAUUUGAGCAUGAGGGAUUGCCGUGGGUACGAGAGUUCUCGUCUCGUGGAUGAUAGGAGUAUCAGGAUAUACGGACUCGAAUUGCUUAGCCUGACAUUGGAUUCUGUGGAGUUCGACAAGAUCGAAAUAUAUGCACCGAAGCUGAAAUGCUUCAGUGUCCAGGAAGACGUGGAGUACUUGAGAUGCUCUUUAAGCCUUCCGUCUCUGGAUCAUGCUGAAAUUGGGGUUCAUGAGGGGACACCUGUGUCGGUCGAGGAUGACCGGGAAUCGAUAACGUUGCAGUUGAUCUCGGUGUUCCACGGUUUGCGUAAUGCGAAAUCUUUGAAGCUGUACGGUGUUACCACCGUUGAGGUACUGAGUAAAUUUUGUGAGCUUCUGGAAAAUCAGCCAUCCCCUUUUCCGAAAUUGGAGUCCCUGAUUCUGGAUUCUAAGACUGAGAUUGUGCCUUACAAACUCGUCAGUUACUUUUUCAAAGGAUCUUCAUGUGCAAGUCCAAAUAUUCUGUAUGUAUCCACACCUAGCUAGCAGUCGGCCACUUCUGCAAAGUUUCUGAUGAUGGUGUGUAAAUGGGCUAGUGGGUUUCUCCUUUUGGGGUAAUUUAGGAAGAAUGGGAGUUCCUUUUAUAGUUGUCACUGCUUGAACCUGUUUUGCAUCGCAUUGUUAGGUUGAAGCUAGUUAUUCAGACUGAU